GUGUGACAGCGUUCCAGCUCCUUGUCCGAACCCGAACCCCUUUGGACCAAAGUUUUUGCUGUAACAGCCUGUUGGAAAGAAAAGCAAAAAAAAUGGAGCUUGAAAGGAUCAGCAUGAGCAACACUGCAUGGUUUAAUUACAGAAGUGCAUCUAUGCAGCACAAGAUUAAGGAACUUUGGAGUCCAGGCAGUCGGCGAAGAGCCAAACAAGAUUGGGCGUGAGCUAAAUUUCGAGAUUUGAUAACAAAUCUGAGAAAAAGUAACAGAAGCUUCCUGUCUCGAUGAAUGGCGAGGCGCUAUGGACCAAUAAGAGGGUGGCGGUGAGGAUGCAACAGUGAUCCAGGAAGAAACACCCCAUUGUUUCCCGGGACUUUGUGGAAGUGUGACCUCGCUCCUGCCGGCUCCGGCUGCUCAUUCAACAGCAAACUGAAGGACUCCAUUGACAGGCCAGUAUGAGUGGAGGAGUCAAUGUGAAGUCAGCCCCUCGGGCUCCUACCUCGUCAGGGAUCCCCCUCCCACACAGCUUGUUGCCCUCCUCUCCCAAAGCAGACACCCGCCGUCGGGCUUGUGACCUACCUAGGCCCUCAACGCAGACGCCCAAACACACACCCACUCACACUCCCACUCACACACCCUUGCACUCUCCUUCACUCUCCCGGCGGAGCUCCAGCAUCCCUGGGCCUGUCUCCAGAGACUCAACCAGAGACUCUGGCCUGAAAAGUCAGCUCUUUAAGCGGACAGGAGCUCUACCUGCCCCCCAGGUGUCACGCUCUGCCUACAGCAGCCCAUUAAACCAGCGAAGGGGGCUACCACCACACUCCAAAGACACUCUGGAUCUAGCAAAAGCUUCACCUCAUGUCCUCUCACAGCUACCACAUGAUGGAAAUCAUAACAGAAACACCUUCACCAAUAAGAAUCAACCAUUGGGUAGCGGCAACAGCAACCUCCGUCCACCGCUCCAGUUCAGAAGAGGAGGCAAUUCUAACAGUGUAUCCAUGGUAACGAGUGAGGUUGUGUCUAAAACUGAGGAAGAGAACCAGCAAAUUCAGACCACCAGGUCAACCAACAGUAACCUUGCUCAGACAAGCUACCAUCCUGCAGUCAGAGGCCACUGUGACUCCACCAGCCAAUCAGACGAGGAGAUGGGCACCCCUGAGGACAGCAGUCCUGCCUCCUCUCCAGGUCCCCUGCCACUGCCACCACUUACUUUCACCAUGCCAGAAAAGUCUAAAAUUGCUGUCAAUGUGCAGGAUCACAUUGACAGCUUAGAGGAGGAGGAAGAGUCCACAGAGACGCUCACGCCCAAAGUCAACAUGGCCACUGUGGCUCCCUUCAGCUACAGGGUCCAAGUGCUUGAGGGUGAAUAUUCGGUUGAUGACCUGAGUGACUGCUCAUCUGGAUCCAUAGAAGUCUGCUGUGAUGACCUAACAGCAGGAGGGAUGCUGGAGGCUAAUGUGGCUAACAUUAGCAUGACGGCUAAGCCCAGAGAGCUGGACCUGAGGUCCUCUGCUGCUGUCUCCUGCCAGGAAACUCCAGCCCAGGCCAUGGCCUCUAGGAAGUCCUCAGCCAAGCCAUCCGCCCUGCCCCAGGGACCCUCACGUCCCUCUGGGGGAUCAGAGCUCAAGGUCUACCGGCCCACCUCUGGAUCUAUACCUAUACCAGUCCCCAAUCCGUCAGGGCUCCGCAAGCAGCGAUCACUUAGCAACCUGUGUGUGCUCACUGACGCUGAGAAGAAGCUACACCUUUACCAAUCCCCCCGCUGGAAUGACGAUGCCAGCCGGCCUGGCACUGGCAGUGGCACAAACAAGUCAGGCCAGACUAAGACAGUUCAUGCUGGGGGUGGGAGACCUCCACUUUCCAGGACCUUGUCAAAGUCAGAACAGUCUCUUUUCCAGGGAAAGCCCAAGUCUUUCUGCUCUCCUUCAGUAACUUCUAAUGUGAGUAAGCCGAGUAGGAUCCCUGCACCUGGUAAACCACGAGGACCUUAUGCUGAGGUCAAGCCCAUCAGUAAGGCCCCUGAAGCAGGUCAGAGUUCAGACUUAGACCCUGCAGACAAACCUAGUAAAGCUAACUCCAAUGGAGCUGGGAAUACUGUUACUAAUGGCAAGAAACUAGGGGAGAAGGGGAGACCUGCAGCUCCGCCAACAGAGGAGAAGACAGAGAAGAAGGGGAUAGAGGGAGAAGAUGAUAAGGGCUUUCUGAAGGUGGAUCCAGAGCUAGUGGUGACUGUUUUGGGUGACCUGGAGCAGCUUCUCUUCAGCCAAAUGCUCGACCCAGAGUCCCAGAGGAAGAGGACGGUGCAGAACGUCUUGGACCUUCGACAGAACCUGGAGGAAACCAUGACCAGUCUCAGAGGAGUGCAGCUCAGCCACAGCUGUGUCGAGGGGACCAUGUGCUACGACAGCGAUGAGGCUGCUGCCUUCUCAGUUUCCAGUCUAUCCAAUCGCUCCUCUCCACUGUCAUGGCGCCAGGGUCAGGCCAGCCCUCGCCUGCAGGCUGGUGAUGCUCCAUCCAUGGGCAAUGCACAGUCAGACAUCCCCCUCCGCAUCAGCCACACCUCCCGUAUCCACCUCAUCGAGGUGCUGGACGACUCAGACCCUGCCCUUCUGAAGGGGGAUUACCUCAGCACCAGCAAACUCUGUGGGAAGAGCCCAGUUGAGGAUGAUGAAGAUGACGAUGAUAUCGAUGAUCUGGGGAAUGGUUGGGAUGAGAGCAGUUCCAUCAGCAGCGGUUUGAGUGAUGGCUCAGACAACCUCAGCUCAGAAGAGUUCAACACAAGUCCCACACUCAACUCUCUUCCCACCACUCCAAUCGGCUCCCGCAGAAACUCAGCUGUCGUGAUGCGCACGGAUGCAGAGAAAAGAUCUCUAGUUGAGAGCGGUCUGUCCUGGGACACCGACGAUACCAAACCAAGCCGCAAGAGCCAGGGCAGCGGCAUUUAUGAAACAGGAAGUCUCAAGUCUGAGUCUGCCAAUAAAUGGAAAAAGACGCGGACGCAUGGGGAGGGCCUGGAAGGAGGGAAAGGUGAACUGAAGAAACCUCAGACCCUGGGUCAGGGAAAUGUGUUGAAGAAAGGAAGAAACCCCCCUGUGGGAGUCACGUCCCCAAUCACACACACUUCCCAGAGUGGGCUAAAAGUGGCAGGUUCAGUCAAGUCAGACGGAAAGCCAAUGGAUAAAUCUCGGUUAGCAGUGAAGACGUCUAGCCUACAGCGUUCCUCUUCUGAUGCUGGGAAAGAUCACAGAAAUGGCACCAGCACUGGGGAGCAACGCAAACCUCCGUCCGGCCUUGUCAGACCCUCAACAGGAGGAAACUUUGGCUUUAAGAAGCCCAACACAGCUAACGGCACUAACAACUCCAGCACACCCACUGUCACCAGCACAGGUGGCAGCUCCAUACCCUGCAACUCUACAACUGUGGGGAAGAUUCCCAAAUCAUCUGGUAUUCCUGUCAAACCAGUGUCUGGUGGUGGAGGAGGAGGAGGACGGAAGACAAGUCUGGAUGUUUCAAACAGCGACCAGAGCGGUUUUCUCUCUCCAAACGCCAGAACGUCUCUCCAGUAUCGCUCUCUGCCCCGUCCAGCAAAGACAAGCACCCUUACACUUACCCGACCAAGCUCAGCCCGUCCUGUGAGCACCACCGUGGACACAGGUUCAGGGCUGAGCAAACCAUCAGCAUCCCAGGGUUCGAGGCUCAAAGAGCCCACCUCAGGAUCAGGGUUAAGUAAGUCAGGGGGUCGUGGGAUCCCAAGCCCCAGUCCUGUCAAUCAGACAGACAGGGAAAAAGAGAAAGAAAAGGCCAGAACUAAAUCUGUGGUAUCUGACUCUGAGUGUGGAGGUGGCUCUCUGAAGGGCAGCCCAGCUCAGACCCCAUCUGAAAACGGAGGGAAGCUGCAGGGGUUGAGACCGCCGAGCAGUGGAAAGAGCAUGGAUCUGCCCUCACCUAAUACACACAGGUUGUCCAGUGUACGCAGUAUAGCUAAACCUCCCUCCAUGGCCCAGCUGGACAAACUGAACUCCAAUAGCCUGGAUAUAGGAGUUCAUGACGCCCUCCCACCCAAGAUCCCUCCCUACUCUAAACUCCAGGACCUGGCCAGCUCAACCAGCCCCUGUCUGACCCCCAGCCCUGCUCCCUUACUCAAUGUGAACUCUUCUUCUUGCUUCUCCAGCUCGGGGACUGGUUUGGGUCCCAGGCAGGUCUCUUCUCUGGGGGUUGAAGUGAGCGCAGGGAGCACCUCUCCCCUUCUUUACCCUCGUCUGUCUGGGCUCCAUCGCAGUAUGGAGUCACUGUCGCUCCACAUGAGUCUGGCCCCAGAGCCCAAGGAGAAGGAGAAGGAGAGGGAGAGUUUGGUGCGGGGUUACACCACCUUAGAGCCCCGAGACAAAGACAGACAGGAAGACAGUGGCCAUCCUGCCAGCUGGAGUUCUGGAAGUAAAGUCUCAAUGUCGCUCAUUGAUAGUUCUCAGAGAGACAGAAACACGCUGCCAAAGAAAGGUUUGAGUUUCAAUGGUGCCUCUCAGGCAGAAAAUGAAGGGAAGGAGAAAGGAGAGAGGAGACACUCUCAUACUAUCCUUGGUAUGACUGACUCGCUCACUCUCCCAUUGCUGUCCUCACCCACCUCCCUGCCCCGCACCUCUAAGACCAGUAUGGUGCCCAGCCCUGUUGGCGGACCUCCGAGGAUGACUCGAUCAAACAGCAUCCCAACACACGACGCCUCUCUGGAGCUGUACGGAGCUUCUCCCCUGGGCAGCACAUUGUCACUGGCUGAUCGUCCACGCAGCAUGGUUCGCUCUGGAUCCUUCAGGGACAAGGAGCAGGAUGAGAUGCAUGGGUCGGUGCUCUCUCUGGCAUCCAAUGCUUCGUCCAGCUACUCUUCGGUGAGUGUUGGCAGCAUGCAGACUCAGCAAAUCCGUAAGCUGAGGAGAGAGUUGGAAUCAUCCCAGGAGAAGGUGUCGAACCUUACAACUCAGCUAACAGCUAAUGCAAAUCUGGUGGCUGCCUUCGAGCAAAGUUUGGCAUUGAUGACAACUCGGCUGCAGAGUCUGUCAAUAAGCCACGAACAGAAGGAUUCAGAGCUGAUGGAGCUGAGGGAGACCAUCGAUGCUCUGAGGGCCAGGAAUGAAGAAGCCCAGGCUGUCAUACAUGGCGCCUUAAACAACCCAGAUAAUAUGAAAGACUUACGUAUUCGGCGUCAGAACUCGUGUGAGAGCAUCUCCAGUCUCAACAGCCUAACCAGCAUGUCGAGUGUGGGUAGCAUGAAGGAUCAAGAUGCAAAGAAGAAGAAGAAGAAGAGCUGGUUGAGGAGCUCAUUCAACAAGGCGUUUAGCAUCAAGAAAGGCUCCAAAACAUACUCAGACAUCGAGGAAAUCGCCACUCCUGACUCCUCGGCUCCCAACUCUCCAAAGAUGCUUCAUGAGGGGGGAGAAGGAGGAGAAAACGUCUCCUCAGCUCUGAAAACCUCGGCCUCUGCCACCUCUUCUGUGAUCAUGGAGAGUACAGAGGAAGGAGACGUUGAGGAAACAGCAGUAUCAGAGUUACGUUCUGAACUCUGGGUAAAAGAGAGAGAGCUGACAGACAUCCGACUGGAGGCUUUAAGCUCGGCGCAUCAGCUAGAGCAGCUCAGAGAAGCCAUGAAUAACAUGCAGGCAACAGUUGAGAACUUGAAGGCAGAGAAUGACCAUUUAAAAACAGGAAGUCAGCUCCAUCUCCCAAGUUCUGGCCCCACCUCCUCCACCUCCCAGCCCUCAGGCUUAGCAUCCCUCCUGGGCCCAUCAUUGAGGCAGCCAAUGAGCAUGUCCCUCACCAAGUCCUUCAGCCUCAGUCUGAAUGAUUGUAAAGAUCCAGAUUUGUCUCCAGUUGAGACUUUAAGUGUGUCUUCCCAGAUGGAUGAGGUGUGCAUGCGAGUUUUCAUCCGUAUUGGAGAUCAAGCAAAGGAUAGUAAACAGCAGCAGGAGUUCUACCUGGGCUCAAUACUGAUCAAUGCAAGGACAGACUGGGUCUGUCUGGACUCCCUCAUAUCUAAGACCUUUAAGGACUACCUGGCUCAAGUGGACCCCACAUCUAGCCUUGGUCUGUCCUGUGAUUCACUGCUCAUGUAUCAGCUGACACAGGGAGGGCAGAGGGUAAUGGGAGGAGACAAACCUCAAACUUCACCAUAUUGUUGUCUCAGCGGUGGUUCGGCUAGAAUUUUUGUCACCCUUAAAGGUCUUAGAGAAAAAUGUGUUGACUCUCUGGUGUUUGAGACUCUGAUCCCUAAGCCGAUGAUGCUGCACUACAUCAGUUUGCUGCUGAAGCACAGGCGCCUGGUUCUGUCUGGACCCAGCGGGACGGGAAAGACUUACCUGGCUCAGCGUCUGGCCCAUUACCUCCUGCAGCGCAGCCAAAGCGACUUGUCUGAGGCAGAUCAUGAGCCGUGCCUCGCAGGUCGCGGUGCUGCCGUCACCUUCAACAUGCAUCGUCAGACGCAGAAGGAGUUGCAGUUGUAUUUGUCCAAUCUAGCCAAUCAGAUUGACAGAGAGAGUGGAGGAGAGCUACCACUGGCUGUUUUGAUUGAUGACAUCAGUGACUCAGCAGCCAUUACUGAGCUUGUAAACGGAGCUCUCACCUGCAAGUAUCAUAAAUGUCCUUACAUCAUUGGAACAACUAAUCAACCUGUGAAGAUGUCGUCUAACCAUGGACUGCACCUUAGCUUCAGGAUGGUGAUGUUCUCCAACAAUGUGGAGCCAGCAAACGGAUUCCUAGUGAGGUACCUGCAUCGUAAAGCUGUCGAGGCCUAUCAGGAGAAAGAGCAGGAUGCAGCACGUCACCAGGCCCUCCUACAUGUACUGGACUGGGUCCCUCAGCUCUGGUAUCACCUGCACACUUUCCUGGAGAAACACAGCACUUCAGACUUCCUCAUAGGUCCCUGCUUCUUCCUGUCAUGUCCCGUAUCAGUGGCCGAGUUCAGACAGUGGUUCAUUGACCUUUGGAAUCACUCCAUCAUACCUUACCUGCAGGAGGGGGCCAAAGAUGGCAUCAAGGUACACGGGCACAAAGCUGUGUGGGAGGAUCCAGUGGAGUGGGUGAGAGGGACUCUACCUUGGCCAAAUGCACAGCAGGAUCAGUCCAGGCUCUUCCAUCUACCUCCCCCCAGCAUUGGUCCACCCAGUGAGGAGAAGAAGCCCCCCAAAGAUACACCUCCACCCAGCACACUGGAGUCAGACCCACUGAUGGCCAUGCUGCUGAAGCUCCAGGAGUCGGCAAAUUACAUAGAGUCUCCAGAGCGGGAGGGCUGCUUGGAUCCCACUCUGCAGGCUACACUCUGAGGACAGCACUCAUCUAUUAGUCUCAUUACAGAACUAUAAACUCUUUAUUAAGAUCAACACAACGAGUGUGGCCCUAAAGAGACUUUAAAGACUUGAUAGUAAACUCUACUGUGUGCUCAAUGAGCAGCAAAGCUAAGUGUAAAGGAUCUACCAGAGAUUAUAGAUGAAGGUUUGCUCUGCCCUGCUAUUGGGACUUUGGAAAGACAAAGUGCUUUCAAAGGAAGCUGUGAUGAUCACGUCAGGGAACGACUUCUCUGCCCUCUUUUUGCUCCACAUAAAAUGUUGAAUUUGCAAGUGCAUGGUAACCUGAUUAGUAUGAUGCAAAAUAUACAUAUAAUCCUAUCAGUCCUCACCCAUUCUUUUCUGUUCCUAAUGUUUUUAUUGGCCGAUACUUUCCAAAACUUUUUGGUGCUUACAGUUCUGAUUUUCUUUGAAGGUGCAUGCUCUGUUUCAAAAAUAAUUCAUGAUAAGUAGGAUCAUCACGCGACAACAGCCAAAAAUGCACUUUAUUUUCUAUUCAUAGAAAUUGGACUUUAGGAGGCUGUGUCAGUGAUGGUGUAUCAAAAAGGAGGAUGAGUUUGGCCAAAUUUAUGCAGUUCACUAGAAAUCCCUCUAGAUGGCAGCAUCUUCCUUGCUCUGCCUCUCCUGCUGUGCGAUGUCUGACUUCUCAAAGGUGCUAAGAAAAAACAGUCUUGGCACCACAGCUAUGAAAAUGGCCUUGAAUGUUUUUCUUUUGCAGUUCAGCCAUUGAGUCAAUCAUGGACCGAAUGUCAAAGAUGUAAAAGCAACAUGCAUGGGUUAAGAUUUAAGGAAAUAGUGAGGCAGUGUUGGUUUUUGUAGAAAUGUCAUAAAUGGACUUAGUAGCCACUGGUUUCCUCCUGUUAUAAAUCCUCAACAUGCAGUGUUAUCAACUCAAGAAAACAACAAUUCUUGUUUUAUCAGGCCGACACUUCUGGCUAUGCUUGCGUGUACUCUGUAGUUAUAGAUCAGUUUUAACAGAAUUUCUUGUGAUAGAUGAGGAUACAGCUUUGAAAAUCUUGAUUUUGUAGGAUUUUAUACUCAAAAACCAUGGGAUAACAGCAACUUCCACCUAUAGGCUUCAUAUCCUCAACAAAGGCUGAGGUUUUAAAAUUUAUCCACCACUGUUUGAAUCAUUUCUCAUUCAUUUUAUCACAAAGAGGGAAAAAACUGCCAUCAAGGUAUUAAAAAAUCUGCAAGCUUUUUCUUCCCGAUUGCAUUUGCUUUUUAUACCUUUGAUAACAUUUUUACAGUGUAGAUAUCAUGAUCCUUCCCACACUUGUCAAGGAUACUGUCUGAGUAAGGGCUGAUGAAAGGUUGAAACUCAUCUUUUAAGUGGCUUCCUCCUUUUCUUUCCCCUCAUUGGUUUGCACAUAAUAUAUGUUAGAGUUCUAGAUGACAGAGUAUUUAUUGCUCAUAUCUUUGACUGUUCUUGGGUGAAGGAAAACAAAUUAAAAAGAUGUGAAGUAGAAGGGAUCUUCUUAAACCUCCUGGCCCCCUAUGCCCUAAAGUACCUCAGACUGCCGUAUUCUGCCCAGAUGUUCCUCUACUUCUCCAAACAGGGUGCUGGUGUAAAGUAGAGACAUGAUGCCUACUUGUAACUGUGCCUGAAACACAAUUUGGCCUGAAGCUGCAUUUGGCUGCUUUAAUUUACCACAUGGAGGCCUCAGUUUAGAGGAAACAUCAUCACUUCCUCUCACCUACUCUGAUGUCACUUUAUAUCGUCACCUAGAUGCCCAAUUGAGUCAGAGAGUGUUUUUUAUGUGAUCUGAGCUGUCGGCUCAGGUGAUGUUUGUGUGGGUAGGAAUUUGGGCUGCUUGUGUCACUAUGUUUAAACUAAAGAGUGAGAGAUUUGACAUCUUUAAAGAGUUUCCUGAGAGUUAGAAGCAGAUGUGAUGUUGAUCCAGGUAUCCUUAAUGUGUUUUUCCAAAGUUUAUUUCAUUGGACCUACCACACUUAACCUUAUCGCGGGAGGGAUUUUUUAAGAACUGGAUAUCUUCCUCUUUUUUGUUUUUAAGAGCUGACAUUUGUUUUAGUUUUUUUUUUCUUAUGCAAAUAUUUGUAAAGGUUCUUUUUUCUCUUUUGUACAUGGCAUCAUUAUUGUAAAACUGUAAAUAGUGCAUCUGCGACAACAAUCAUUAAAAACAUGUCUAUAUGUAGAUCUGAGAGAAGGCAUUGUACUUUGAUGCAGAAAAUGAGCAUCUUUUGUGGAUUUAUUGUCUUCCUCCAGUAGGAAGGAGCACUUGGCUUGAAAGGAGGCCUAAGAAUGGUUUCAUGACAUGUCUCUAUAACCACAUUAAAUCUCAUAUGCCUAACAUUGAGCAAAGGACACAAUAAAGUCAUGCCAUUCUUCA